AUGGAGAAACAGACUCUUCCUUUACCUUUUCCUCAAAGGGCAAGGAAGCAUCAAGGGGAAGCCAAUUACAAGAAGUUCUUAGAUCUUCUGAAGCAGGUUCAAGUGAAUCUUUCUCUUGUUGGCAUUUUGCAGAGUGUGCCAAAAUAUGAAAAAUACCUGAAGGACAUAGUUACAAAUAAGAACCGGUUGAUCGAAUAUGCUACAGUUGCACUUACUCAAGAGUGCACAUCUAAGAUUCAAAACAAAUUGGCCACAAAGCUUAAAGAUCCAGGUAGUUUCACCUUGAAAAUUACCAUUGGACAAACUAUUUGUGCACGGGGAUUGUAUGAUUUGGGAGCUAGCGUAAAUCUUAUGCCCAUAUUGUGGUAUCGGAAGAUGGGUCUUGGGAGUCCCAAACCCAUUACUAUUAUUUUACAGUUGGCAGAUCGAUCACUCUCUAGGACAUAUGGUAUUAUUGAAGAUGUGUUGGUGCAAGUAGGAUCUUUAAUCUUUUCAGUGGAUUUUGUAAUUCUUAACUUUGAGGCUGAUUUUGUGGUUCCAUUUAUUUUGGGAUGA